CACAAGAAAACGUUGUCUUAUUUACUCAGUCGUUGUGAUGUCCGAGGCGCUUUUUUUUUGUUUGUUUAUUAGUAUGAUCACUGAGAUAUUCUAACGGACGGGACAUAAACGACGAUUAAAAAAUUAUGGUACCUGAUCAUCGUUGACGCCAAAAAUGAGGAAAUAUUCGGACAUUUUUAUCCCUAAUCCCCAAAACAAUUCCCAUAUAGUGCAACUAGAAAUGUGUCUCAGUUUCUGCGAUAAUUUCCUCGACUUCGAUUUGGUGCUUCGACCAUUCAUCCUUCAAACCCGUCCCUGUGCCAGAUUCAAUUGAUAUUCAGAGGAAAGAAUCAAAGUAGUCAGAAGAAAUGGAGGAGGAAACAGAAACUAGGGUUUUCCUAUCAAACGAACAACAUCAAGAAGAAGAAGAAGAAGAAGAAGAAGAGCCGUCGUUGCCACGUUCCAUGGUGAUCUCUCUCUAUCUCGGCUAUUUUCUUGCUCGAUGGGGUGCAAGAACUUGGGAAUUCUCUGUUGCUCUGUAUAUGAUUUACCUCUGGCCAAACUCUCUGUUUCUCACUGCGAUGUACGGUGUUGUAGAAUCCGGUUCCGCCACUCUUUUCGGUCCCAUUGUAGGCCAAAUGAUUGAUGGAAUGAGCUAUGUUAAAGUUCUUAGACUCUGGCUUGUAACUCAAAACCUCUCCUUCAUUGUUGCUGGUGGUGCAGUCGUUGCUUUGCUGGUAGUACCUGAUCUUAAGUCUCAGAAUUUCCCUGUUUUCGCAACAUUGGUCGUGUUGACGAAUCUUUCUGGCGCCAUUGGAGUACUCUCUACUCUUGCAGGCACCGUUUUGAUCGAACGAGACUGGGUUGUUGUUAUGUCGGAAGGUCAUUCACCAGCGGUUUUAACAAGAAUGAACUCUGUUAUUAGAGGCAUUGACUUGAGCUCUAAGCUACUGUCUCCGGUUAUAACUGGUUUGAUCAUUAGCUUUGUAUCUCUUAGAGCAUCAGCUAUCACAUUUGCAGCUUGGGCUACUAUUACCGUGUGGAUUGAGUAUUGGCUCUUUAUCUCUGUGUAUAACGGUGUUCCUGCUAUAGUACAAAGCGAUGAGAGAAGGAGUUUAAGGUCGUCUCAAUCGCAAGCGGAAGAGACAGAUAGUGCAUCUAGUUUUUAUGUUCCUCUUUUACACGAAGAGGAGUCUUAUAGGAAUACGCAAAGUAGAAGCAGAAUCUUAAGGAUUCUUGAGAGAAUCUCUGAGUCUUCUUUUGUUAGCGCGUGGAGGAAUUAUCUCAAUCAAGAGAUUGUGCUCCCUGGAGUUUCUCUAGCUCUAUUGUUCUUCACUGUCCUCAGGUUUCCUUUUUAUCCUCUUGUUCUUUUUGUGUUGGCUUUGGUUUCGCAUCGCAUACAUAUAGUUUCUUCUCGAUACAGCUUUGGAACACUGAUGACGGCGACAUUGGAGUGGAAAGGGAUACCUACUUAUAUCAUUGGUAUAGGCAGAGGAAUCAGCGCAGGUGUUGGUCUAGCUGCUACCGUUUUGUACCCUCUCAUGCAAUCCCGUAUCUCACCUCUCAGAACCGGAGUCUGGUCCUUUUGGUCUCAGUGGACCUGUCUUUUGGUGUGUGUUGGAUCAAUUUGGGUUGAGAAGGAGAAAAUAGCAUCCUACAUGCUCAUGGCUGGAGUUGCUGCUUCUAGGCUUGGUUUGUGGAUGUUCGAUCUUGCGGUAAUCCAGCAAAUGCAGGAUCUUGUUCCGGAAUCGGACCGUUGUGUGGUUGGAGGUGUUCAGAACUCGUUGCAAUCGGCUCUUGACUUGAUGGCUAAUCUUUUGGGUAUCAUUGUAUCUAAUCCCAAGGAUUUUUGGAUGUUGACGUUGAUCUCAUUUGCUACGGUUUCGUUAGCCGGAAUACUCUAUACGAUUCACCUCUACCGUAUUCGAAAACAUCUAUUUCACUUGGAGAAGAUUCCCUUAUUGAACAACUUUUUUGCUUCAUGAAAAAAGGUAUAAAGUAUCAUAACAUUUCUCUAUUAGUCGUCAGUGUUUUUGUAUCAUCUAUCUUUUGUAUAUAUGCAUGUUUAAGAAAGAAAAAAAAACCAUUUGAACUACACGACAUUUUGUGUAUGAUAUUGUUAUAAUGACACAGCGACAAUGAAGGAAACGUGGUC